AUGAUGACUCUGAGGCUUAAGAAAGCCGAAACGAAUAUGAAAGGUAAAAGUAAAAAUGGCCACGCUACACGACGAUCUCUAUUUAGUUCGGAAGAUCCUGAGAAGAUGGCUGAUGAAUUAGACAAAAUUAAACGACAUACGAUAAAGCAGCCAGAAAAGUCUAGAGAAUUUUGCUCAUACUUUUAUGGUAGAAAAGAAUCGACUGAUCCAUUUUAUCUUGUUACAUCUCAUGCGACGUCGUCCCCAAAAUCUGCGAAGAACACACAUAAUGUCCUAAAAGAACAAGUGUUUACGACAUACCCAACUUUUGUACCAGGUCUGCAUUGGAGCCCCUCCUUAGACAGCUUCACUGACGAUGGUCAAGAUGAGCAAGAUUAUGUUUGUAGAAGAUGUAGAAAUUGCAAAGAAACAUUUGUGCCUGAAAGAAGAGUGUUCAAAGAUAACAUUAUUAGGUUUUGUGAUAACAGUACAAUGACAUUUAAUGUAAACGAUGCCGCCUGUGAAGUUCCACGUCCGCGAGCUGCCUAUUCCUCGACUAUUUCUAUAACAGCAUCCGAUAUAGCAGUUAGAGACGAACCCGAGCCCCAGGUACGUUUUACACCUACUCCUAUUCUUAAAAAAGUUGAGGAUGACAGCUUUAGCUUGAGGUAUUGCGAGCGAAGUCCUGUGGAAGUAGCAGAAAUAGAGGAUGAUGAUUUAGAUUACAUGUACAUAGAGCCUUGCCCAAAACCACGACGGGCGAGGUUACCCACGUGCCCAAAGCUUAAUGAAAUUUCACCUGAAUGCUCUGAACCAAGGAAGAAUAUAUAUAAUGAAGGCAUUAGUGACGCAAUAGCUAAUAAUUUCCCUAAUUACCUCCCGUUGGCAAAUAGAAUGCAGGUACCAGCAAAGAGAAAUUAUAGUAGAACUUCUGUUUUCAGUAAAAAUAUUGAAAUUCCUUUCGCACAUCAGGGCAGCUCGAAAUAUCACCACGAAUGUAAAGCAGAAGGCAAAAAGCAGUGUUACAGUAUUCAGGAGGAAGUGAGGCUAGCAUCGAAACCACGGAAUCUGAGGCCCUCCCACCCCGGAGGAUUGGAGCGCUGCGACCUUGCGCCGUGUGGCAGAUUGCCCAGAAGAGUUUUGAGUUCCGAACGCGAUAUAGAUUCAUAUAUACUGAAACAAAAUAGGAAACCAAAAUUUUUUUGA